UCAAGACUGCAUACAAACACAGAAUCAAUUGCUGAGACUAUUAAUGAAAGUCGAUUAUUUCGAGAGGCAUAUGGUUCUUUUAGCGAUCCUAUUGCAGUUUCAUGCAGAUAUAAAAUGGAUGCAGCUGAGUGGUGGUUACAAUAUGGAGGACCAGCUCCAAAUUUGAAAAAGAUUGCAGUACGAAUUCUCUCACAGACAACGUCUUCAAGCGGUUGUGAAAGAAAUUGGUCAACUUUCUCCCUCAUUCAUACAAAAGUACGAAAUCGUCUUUCUUAUCGUCGCUUGGAGAAGAUGGUCUACGUUCAUUAUAAUAUGCGUCUUCAACUAAGAGCAACAACAGAAGAGAAUGAAGAACAGGAGUCUGGUGAUGUAGACCCAUUUGAUAUUGGAUUUGUCCAGACUGAGAAUGAUCCAAUGAUGGAUUGGUGGAGCGCUGUUGAGGCUGAGAAUCCAUUACUUGAUGAAGCAGGAGACCCACCACGACCAUCUCAAUUUCUUACUCAACAGAUUGAAAAAAUACAAGCUAGAGGAGAUAUCUGCGAGGAAGAAGAUGAUGAAGCUUUUGAUCAAGAAUUUCGAUUUUCUGGAUCUCGGUCUAGGCUUUCUCAAACAUCACAAACCCAACCAAAGUCCAUAGAUAAAGGCAAAGGCAAAGCUCCUGCAAUUUUUACUAAAAAGAAAGAAAAAGGCAAACCUCCUACUUUUAUGGGAAGUGGUCCAUUUAGAAUUAGAGAAAAUCCACUCAAUGCAAUUGAUGAGCAAGAACAUGAUGACAGUGAUAAAACAUCAUCACCUUCUGACACUGUAGUCCGACAAGAAGUUCGAAAUGAGGAUAGUGAUGUUGAUAGCAGUGCAAGUACUCAUGGAAGUGAUGACAGUGGUGAUGCAUCUAGUGGUAAAAAUUAUGUCCCCCCUACUCUAGCACCAGAGCCAUGGACAUGUGAGAUAGAUUACACACAUGCAACUCAAGAUGAUGAUCAUGGAGCUAGAGGUAGUACUAUUCAAUAUCAACGUCGAUAUAAGGGUGACAAACAAAAGAAAGCUCAUAAUUAUCAAGAUAUGCGGGAGAGUUUAGUUGAGAUUGAUUCUAGUCGAAGUUCAUCAUACUCGCAACCUUCUUAUUAUAACUCUGAUGCAUCAUACGGUGAUCCGUCAUACCAGAGCUCGGGGACGUAUGCUUAUCCUUAUUCUUAUUCUGUGCCUGUACCCGUUUCGAUUUCAGUGGUGCCAGUUCAAAUCCAACAUCCAGUGAUGAAUCGCUGAUGAACAUGUGGAGAAAUCAAUAUCAAUAUUGCAUGUCAUGGGAUGCUUAUUUAAUCUGGUCAUUGGAGAACUAUGGAGUUGACUUAAGCAGAAUGUC